AUGAGAGAUGGUUCUAUAGGCAGAAUUUGGAUUGGAUGGAAUAAAACUACUAUUAGACUCAAAGUUUUAGCGGAAGAUACCCAAUAUAUGCAUUGUGAUGUGGAACUUGUAAGGGAAAAUAUUAGCAUUGGCGUGACAAUAGUCUAUGGCAGCAAUAAUCCUAUGGAGAGGAAGGUUCUUUGGCGUAAUCUCAUAAAUAAAUCUCAUAUGAUGGAAAACUCCCCUUGGAUUAUAUUGGGAGAUUUUAAUUCUAUCAAACACUCUCAAGAAAAGGUUGGUGGGGCAACUUGGGGUAAUUACUACUGUGAAGAACUUAGAAAUUGCAUGAGGGAUGCUGAAUUGGAUGACCUAAGGUUCAUGGGUCAUCUCCUAACUUGGAGCAAUUGUAGUGAAGGUGAGAGAAGGAUUGCUUGUAAACUUGAUAGGGCUCUUAUUAAUGAUUCUUGGAAGGAUAUAUUCCUGAAUGCUAUGGCUCAUUUCCUCAACCCCUCCAUAUCAGAUCACUCUUCUUGCAUGGUGAGAAUGGGAACCUUAGAAGAUUGGAGGAAAGUCCCUUUUAAAUUCUUCAACAUGUGGACACACCAUGAAAACUUUCUCAACAUUGUUGCUGAAGUAUGGAACCAAGAAGCACAAGAAAGAGUGCUAGAAGCUAGAAGGCAACUUGAAAACGUCCAAGAGCUACUCCGAAUAAGCCCCUUGGAUGAGGAACUUGCUCGAGAGGAAGAAAUAAUUUUAGAAUCCUAUAGAUCACUUUCAUUAGCUGAGGAAUCUUUGGCUAGACAAAAGUCAAAAGUUCAUUGGCUGAAGGAAGGUGAUCAAAAUACAAAGUUCUUCUUCAAGAGCAUCAAAGGUAGGAGAAAUAGGAACUCCAUCUAUGGGAUCCAAAGGGAGAAUGGAACUUUUGUACACAACAUGGAGGAGGUCAAGGUGGAAUUUGUGGAUCACUUUAAAUCUGUCCUAAAUGGAAAGGAGCAUUCAAAUGUGAACCUUGAGAAGCUCAAAAGAGUAGUCAAAUUUCGGCUAGGAAGGAUUUCAGGCCUAUUGCUUGUUGCAAUACUUUGUACAAAUGCAUCACUAAAAUCAUGGCAAACUGCCUCAAAGUCAUUCUUCCGCAGUUCAUCAACAAAGCUCAAGGUGCUUUUGUAG